AUGUCCCCGUUCUUUGGAUCGUCCAGCUCACCAGCACCCCUAAAUCGGUGGCUGUGGAAUGGCUCCCAGGCGUCGUCCUCCUAUACGAUUAAACACAUAAGGCAUCCUUUUCCGGACGAGAUCCAGGUCAGCAGCGUGUCCGGCUCGCAUAACGUCGAUCCGGAUGACGAAAGCUUACUUUGGUAUACCCCGCAAAGUUCACCCGAUCAAUCUAAGAACGUCGGUCUUGCUCGUGGUCGGGACCAGGGGGAAAAUUAUCUCAGAGACGACUGGAACUUUGCCGAGAUUGAUGAGAAAAAGGAGCAGGUCACUGCUCUCAGCCGUCGACCAUCGACACCGUACAGUGACUCUGGACGAAACCAGACGUUGGUCGACGACUCCGACGAGGAUGUCAUCGUUUCGAAAGCACAUUCUGUGCGAAUUAUACACCGUGGACAGGCUGGAAUUUGCACCGACUCGGGCUCUGGAGCGACAAAGCCUCAACUGCAACCCGUUGAUACCAUAGCCGAUGCGUCGUCAGACCAAGAUCUCAACACUCGGAUCCGGGAGCCCAGAUUUACUGAAGCCACCACGGUGGUCAGCCCCAUCCUAUCCGAGAAGGGCGAAUUACCCACUCCAGCCUCGGUCGAAGCCCUAAAUUCAGUUCCGAAUAAUCCGCUCUCUGGGAUCAUUGCGGUGCAAAAAACGCACGGGGCCGAUGGCGGCUCCGAUGACAUUGCGGCAAGGACUACCAUCCAAUCCAUCCUAGAUAAGGCUGUUGCAUGGGUGGACCGAAUGAAGCUGUCGACGAUCAAGGCGGCAGCCAAGUCUUUGCUCAGGAGGCGGCAGUCAGAGGCCCGGCCUGAUCAAUCGGACUUGCAUUCAUCUCGUGUGGAAGACUGGGAAGACAGUGUUCGAGACUCGGAGACUCCCUGGAACAACCGGAUCAGGACUGCCGUGAGAGACACUUUUGGUUCCACAGCGACAAAUUGGCGCCUCUGGGAUCGCAAUCGCCACCGUGAUACAACAAGCAAUCCUGGCGAAACGACGGCAAAGACAGGCAAGCUGCGAGAUUUGCGCUCCGGGCUGCUGUCCCGCCGCCCAUGCAAUGACCGACGUGGCACAACUACCGUCACUCGUGACUCGGCUGAAGGAGCUACCUCAGGUUGGAAAUCCACAUUGGCCAAUCCUCUCAGCAUGUUCGAUGGGCUACGGGACAAAUGGACUGCCCUUGAUCUGAAAGGCACCAUCCGAUCCGAUGUAACCUUGCGAGGUGGAUCGAGACCCGCAUCCGGCUCUGAGACUGAAGAUGAGUCAGAGGGUUCUGAUGUCCGCACUGGGAUCCGAGACCCGGAGUUUCGCCGUCCCAAAUGGGCAUGCCCGACUGUGACCAUACCCAAGCUAAAGACAAUGAGACGAUCCACAGCUCGAAAAGACUCUCACAGCCAGACUAGGAGACUUCCAAAAUGGGCGAGUCCAAGCACCUAUCGAACGAAGCGCAAGCGAUCAGACACGACGGAUCCAGGAGACGGAUGUCGAUCGUCAGCAACCGCCGCCUCUCGCAUAAGCAACUGGAUGUCAAGAGCUCGCAAAUCGACAUUCGCCCCUACUUGCUCGUAUGUCAAAUCUGCGCUGACCAAUCGUAACAACGGAUCAAGUGUCGCUCCGGAGUCCUCGCCCAGAUUCUCCUCAUCUUCAAUGGCCGAUAGUGGUUCGUCCACUACCACUACAGGCAGGGAGACGCUGAUGUCCAACCUGUACCAAAGAGGGCGACGGAGAAUAAUGGGUCAACAUGGAAAGAGCAACCGGCUACCGUCGACAGCCGCCUCCUUCGGGCAUCAGUAG